GGAGGAGGAGAGUCCCCGGGAGAAGGAGACACACAUACACUUAGACAAGCUGUGUUCACAGACAUCGCCGCGGGGACAAAGGCUCCGGAGACCUCCGGGGUGGAUCGGCUCCCAGGCUGUGAUCAGUGUCUCCAUGCCGUGGACCGGUGUCUGCUGAGCUGUGGACUCUUCCAGGUGACGAUCAGAGGCAUGGAUAUCACAUAAUCAGCUCUGAAUUGCCAAGACCAAGUGUGAUUUUUUUUUUUUUUACAAAUGCUCGUCUCCUUGCAGACCAGCGCUGAGAAAAGCAUGGAUGAAUCCGCCUUGUUGGACCUUUUAGAGUGCCCGGUAUGUCUGGAGAGACUCGACGCCUCUGCUAAAGUCUUGCCAUGUCAGCACACAUUCUGCAAACGUUGCCUGUUGGGGAUCGUCAGCUCCCGGAGCGAGCUGCGCUGCCCGGAGUGUAGGACGCUGGUAGAGUGCGGGGUGGAUGAACUUCCCAGCAAUAUCCUCCUGGUCCGGCUGCUGGAUGGAAUCAAACAGAGGCCGAGGAAGCCUGGGACAGGGCCACACACUGGGAAUAGCACAAAUGCAUUAAGAGCACAAGGCAAUGUAACUACUAAUUGCGGCACAAAUGACGCACAAAGUAAUCAAGGGGGACCUCAGAGGAUACAAGCACGGAGCCCUCCUGUCAGGGGUGUACCUCAAUUACCGUGUGCCAAAGCUUUGUACAACUAUGAAGGGAAAGAGCCCGGGGAUCUGAAGUUUAACAAGGGUGACAUCAUUGUGCUUCGCCGACAAGUGGAUGAAAAUUGGUACCAUGGGGAAAUCAAUGGGGUCCAUGGCUUCUUCCCAACUAACUUUGUGCAGAUCAUCAAGCCUUUACCUCAACCUCCGCCUCAAUGCAAAGCACUUUAUGACUUUGAAGUUAAAGAUAAGGAAGCUGACAAGGACUGCUUGCCCUUUUCAAAGGAUGACAUUCUCACCGUGAUCCGCAGAGUGGAUGAAAACUGGGCAGAAGGAAUGCUGGGAGACAAAAUAGGAAUAUUCCCCAUUUCCUAUGUGGAGUUUAAUUCCGCAGCGAAGCAGCUUAUAGAGUUGGACAAGCCGUCAGGAGUAGUGGACUCUGGGGAAGGUACAUCUGGAACAACACAUAUCAGCUCUUCCCAAAAGCACACUGAUGCCAAGAAGAACACCAAAAAGCGCCACUCCUUCACCUCACUCACCAUGUCCAACAAGUCAUCGCAGUCUGUGCAGAACCGCCAUUCCAUGGAGAUCAGCCCCCCAGUGCUCAUCAGUUCCAGCAAUCCCACAGCUGCCGCCAGGAUAAGCGAGCUGUCUGGCCUGUCUUGUAGCGCACCUUCUCAGGUCCAUAUCAGUACUGCAGGGCUAAUUGUGACCCCACCCCCGAGCAGCCCUGUAAUAAGUGGCCCUACAUUUACAUUCCCACCGGAUGUCGCCUACCAAGCUGCUUUAGGAGAUUUGAAUCCACCUAUUCUUCCUCCUCCACCACUGACUGCUGCUGUUAUUGUCUCUACGACCUCUGGGGCAACAUCUUCUACUGCUGGACAGAGACUGACAAGUGGUCCUGCUGAACAAGUUGCACACCUUAGGCCGUCCACCCGACCAAGCGUGUAUGUUGCCAUAUAUCCUUAUUUCCCACGUAAAGAGGAUGAACUGGAGCUUAGGAAAGGUGAAAUGUUUUUGGUAUUUGAACGCUGUCAGGAUGGCUGGUUUAAAGGAACUUCCAUGCACACCAGUAAGAUUGGUGUGUUUCCAGGGAACUAUGUUGCACCAGUCACCAGGGCAUUAACAACUGGAACACAGUCCAAGGUUGUCAUGGCAACAGCAGGUGGAGCUACACAGAUGGUGAACAUGGUGGCUCCAUGUUCUAGCGCAGUACCUUGCCAGAAAAUACAAGGAAAUGGACCUGAAUUUAGCAAAACUGUUAAUAUAAAUGGCGUAUCUACAACAGUCAUUCCAGGUACUCAUAUCCAGACCAGCCCUCAAGCUAAGGUUCUGAUGCAUAUGAGCGGCCAAAUGACCGUGAACCAAGCUCGGAAUGCUGUGCGGACAGCCGCUGCCCAUAAUCAGGAGCGACCAACAGCUGCAGUUACUCCCAUCCAGGCUCAAAAUGCUUCUUCCCUUAUCCAGGGACCAUCUGGCAAUGCCCACCAAGGCUCUCCUGCCCAACAAAUGCAGCCACAGCUUUCAAGUUCAGCUGCAUACAUCAAUGCUGCCAUGAAUCUCAACAGAUCAAAUGUGCCAACGGGCGCCAACUCUAGCGGCGGCAGCGGGACCUCUGUGGAGGCAGAUGGUAGUUGGAAGUCUGGCUCUGCAGCCACUGGAAGCUCUUCAUCUCCUGAUAGUGUUUCAGCACCUUCAAGUUUUUCUGCUGCUAAUAAGCAAGACAAGGACAGCAAGAAAGAGAAAAAAGGUUUGCUCAAGUUGUUGUCAGGCGCAUCCACAAAAAGAAAGCCUCGAGCAUCUCCUCCUCACUCUCCUACUCUAGAACUGGAACAGACUACACCAGAGCCCACUUUGGAAGGAGCAGUUGGUCCUGACAUUCUAACCAACGCUAUCCGAGCUGCUUCUGGAACUGUUGAUUGUGAAGCUGCCAAUGCACUGGCACAGGAAAAUCGCAAGACUAAUUUGGUGGAUCCUAAUGUUCCUAUAGCACCUCCUCCAAGGCAACCUUGCUCAUCACUGGGCUCUGUACUAAAUGACUCUCGACCUGUGGUUUGUGAAAGAUACCGAGUGGUGGUGUCAUACCCUCCGCAGAGUGAGGCCGAGCUUGAGCUCAAGGAAGGGGACAUUGUAUUUGUGCACAAGAAACGUGAAGACGGCUGGUAUAAAGGAACACUACAGCGCAACGGCAAAACCGGCUUAUUCCCAGGCAGCUUUGUGGAGAAUAUUUAACUCUUCGUUUGUUGUAGCGAUCAUUAAAUAAGCACAAAUCCCUGAAAGCUGGCAUGGCACAGCUCGUCUGACUAUUAUCAUUCCUUUCAAAGUGCAAAUCUUCACUGGCAUCACAGGAGGUAACUGACACCUUCAAGGCAAAGCCACAAGUUGGUAUGGACUAGACAUCAUUUACUGCCCCUAGACUUUAUUUUAUCCAUGUCAUUUGUGCCUUGUACUGUUAAGUUUUUACUUUUUUUUUUUUUUCUUUUCCCUUACCCUAACAACAAAUAAACCAAUGUUUACAAGGCA